UUUCCAUCGGGCAAACACCAAAAAACAGGGGACGAGGGGCGAAUAUGGAAAUAGGACGCGAAAACAGGGGACCGAAUCGUAAACUAGAAUCCCGAUCCGUACGGCCCCCUUUCCUGCGCUCCCGCGCCUUCCGUGUAUAAAUUCCGGCCCUGCCCCGUCCCAUUGGCAGACCCAAAAAACGCCAGCGUCUUUAGGCGGAGAGAGGAGAAGAAGAAGGGGUCUUCUCUCUCUGUGUUUCGCUCUCUCUGUUUCUCUCUGUUUCUCUGGGUGGGGAAGUUUGGAGCUUGUGCGGGGGAGAGGAAUGGAGGUCAAGAGGUUCGCGGUGCUGCACUGCUCGCAGGACUCGGAGUACACGAAGGAACAGUACGGGGGGAUUUUCGGGCUCUUCAAGGGAAUGCUGGCCGGGGAGGGCGAGGUCUGGGACGUGUUCCGAGCCCCCGCCGGGGAGCUCCCCGACGACGGCCAGGUCGGGCUCUACGACGGCUUCGUCAUCACCGGCAGCUUCUGCGACGCCCACGCCGACGACGACUGGAUCUGCCGGCUGAUCGACCUGCUCAAGAACCUCCACUCCAUGAAGAAGAAGGUCCUCGGCAUUUGCUUCGGACACCAGGUUUUAGGGCGUGCACUGGGAGGCAAAGUUGGGCGUGCCGGAUCAUGGGACAUAGGACUGAGAACCUUGCAACUCGAUCCAUCCUUCCAUCACUUCUCAUCGUUCGAACUUCCUGCACAACUCGCUGUGAUCGAAUGCCACCAGGAUGAGCUGAAGGAACUGCCGGCGGGCGCGGAGGUGCUUGCGAGGUCGGACAAAACGGGGAUCGAGAUGUUCAGGUACGGGGAUCACUUCAUGGGCAUUCAAGGGCACCCCGAGUACAACCGCGACAUUCUUCUCCACCUCAUCGACCGUCUCAUCCAGCGCGGACUCAUCACAGAGUCGUACGGUGAUGACCUGAAGGCCAACUUGGGGCCAUGCGAGGCGGACAGGGAGGCAUGGGGGAGACUCUGCAUCAGCUUCCUCAAGGGUGGAUCCUUGCUAUGAUUUUCUUUUUGAUUGGCAAAAGUUGAGCGCCGAAAUAAAUUUAUAUAUAAUUUUAAAAAAAAAAAAAAAAAGAGAGAGAAGAAGGGUAAUUGGAGCUCUGAGAAGAUGUAUAAACGCGUUGGGAUAUUUUCUGCAUUGCUUCUUCGAAAGCGGCAAAUGGAAGGAGGGCAGCAGUGCAUUUUGAGCAAGAAAAUGGGAUUCUACCCGAA